AUGCAGCAGCUGCUCAGCUGCGCACGCUCCAAAUCCACCUCCUCUUCGGCCGCAUCGAACAGCUGUCGUCCGGCAACGGCGGUAACUUCCUCAGCCACAGCUGGUGGUGGUGGUGCUGUUGUUCUUGCUGCCACGCCCCAUACACUGGUGGGCAGCACGGGCGGCACACUGGUCAGUGGCGCCAUUGUCACACCCCAGCCGAAUGGUAUCUGCCGGAUACAGCGGCUGACCAAGGAGCGCGAGGAGUUGCCCGAUCGCAUUAAUUAUGAUCGACGUGGCUUGACUGCCAUACCCAUAUUCGAGCAGGAGCCCAAUCUACGGCUGCUCUCGCUGCAACACAAUCUCAUAAACACCUUUCACAUACCCAAGGAGCUGCCAAUGCCGCCAGCGCCUCCGCAGCCAACGCCUCGAGAUUGCAAUAUCAGCAAUAACAAUGGGAGCAGUAAGACCACAACGGAGCCUCGUCCUCCAGCGCUGCGUGGCCAUCCUGUUGGGCAAACGCACUCCCGUCUGACGCGUGCCAUGACCAAUGUGUGCAAUAAUAAUAAUCACAAUAUGAGCCACAACCAUCAGCACCGCGUUUCGUCCAACUCUGGCAGUCCCUGCUCCGGGAGUCCACUGACCACCCAAGCGCUGGCCAUUAACUCCGGCGGCGGCGGUAAUCGUUCUAAGCUGGCCAAGCGGGGAUUCAACUAUGCCCAGGCACAACUAACACCGCCACCUGCUCUGCGACUGCGUUAUGGCUUGGAGAAGUCAAAGAGCUUCGUCUCGAACAGUCUGCAGGCCAUGAAGCAUCACCAUCAGUUAAUGCAGCGCCGGCAGUUGUUGAAGGCCAACUUUGCCGGGGGUCUGCUGGCGGGCAGUCAGCAUCUGCAGAGCUGCGAUGAAAGCAGCGUGCUCAACAGCAGCAAUCUCUCGCUGUGCGGCGUUGGCGAGGAGGAGGAGCCCAGCAGUGCCUCGAAUGCAGCCCAGCAAUUGGAGCAGCUGAGCAUCAAGAAUAAACAGUUAAGUCUGAGUGCCUGCUACGGCAUCAUCUUCCAUCAACUCGUCUUUCUCGAUCUUUACGACAACCAGAUCGAACGCAUUGCCAAUUUAGAUGGGCUGCCAGUUCUAUCGGUGCUGCUGCUAGGCAAGAAUCGCAUCACGGACAUUGGUGGCUUGAGUUCGUUGAAGACAACGCUGCGCGUCCUCGAUCUGCAUGGCAACAAGCUGACCAGUCUGGGCAGUCGCAUUAACUGCCUGCAGCAGCUGAAAUCCCUCAAUCUAGCUGGGAAUCAAAUACGCCAGAUUAAUCAGCAGGAUUUUCACGGCAUGCGCUGUUUGCGGGAACUGAAUCUAAAGCGGAAUCGUCUGAGGCGAAUCAAUGGCUUUCAGCAUCUGGUGGCGUUGGAGCGUCUCUGGCUGUGCCACAAUGAGCUGCACAAGGUGGAUGACAUGGCGAGCAUUGCGCGCGCUGCUCGCCUCCUCGAGGUGACCAUUGAGAAUAACCCCGUCUCCCUGGCUGGGGACUGUGUAUCGUUUCUAGUCUCACACUUGCCACUGCUGCAGUCGCUCAGCCAAAUGCCCAUUACGGAGCAAGUGCGUCGCGCUGCGUUGGCCUGGCGACAGCACAAGGAACAGGCGCAGGCGACGCACAGCAGCUCGGAUGCCUAUCAUCAUAGUCGGCGGGAGGAGGUCAUCUCGAAUGCGCGCACCAACUGGGAACUGUUGCGCUCCCAGCAAACUCUGGGCAGGCCCAAGGGUAAGCUAACAAGCGAGCUGGCCAAGAUUAACGAAUCCAACGAGGCGGCUGUCGCGGAGGAGCCAGAGCUGAAGAUGGAGCAACAGCUGCCACAGCAUCAGCAGCCACAACCCAGGGAUGAGAUGGCCGAGCUGCAGGCACUGUUCAAACUACCACUGAUUGCACAAAAGCCACUCGCCGAGGAUGAUGUUUCCUCGGAAGCAUCGAGUCUUGGUCCCAAUGUGGAUUCCUGCUCCAGCUGCUACAGCACGGAUAACGAGGAGAUUAGCAAGCAGCAGCAGCAGCAAAAGUUAGCAACACUACAAGUCGAUGAGAAUUGCAAUAAGCUGCCAGCGGCAACUGCUCCGCCUCCAACUGCGCCCGAACUCGCCACAUCCAAUUCAUCUUCACCGCCGGCGUUGACACUGACUCCCCCCGCAGCUGGAACACCUGUGCCGGCUGCUACACCCACGCCACCGCCCACGACACUAACGCUGCCACUGCCCGCCUCCAUUACAGCGAGCAGCACUCGUCCAGGCAGCAGCAGCAGCUGCAGCAACAAACAACGUCUGCGCCAAACACCCAUCACCCAGCUGGGCUUGCAGGUAAAUCGUGGCGGUGGUGGUAAUCAGCCCGGCUGUAAGCGUUAUAUGACGGGCAGCCUGGUGCGCUCCCAAACAAUCAGCAGCAGCACAAGCGCCAGCAAUAGCAGCAGCUCCAACAGCGGCGGACGCGCCAAGCAAAUCUCCAACAGCAACAGCAACAAUAACAACCAGUCGAGUGCCAAUGUGGUCUCACUGCCACAGGGCAAGCAAGCAGCUAGCCAAUCCUCACCAGCAACAGCUGCUGCUGCUGUUGCCACUGCCACGCCCACCACAGCCAUCACCGUGUCCAAGCCGAGUGCCGCGGAACGUGAACGGGAACAAGGCGGAGAUUACCUGAUUGAGAUCUGUGGUAGAUAUCUCAAUAUUUAUGGACAGGGUGCAUUGCGCUUCAUUGACAAGCAAUGGAAUCCGGCCAAGGCCAAUGAUGUGCACACUCUGAACUUUAGCUACAUCAACUUCAAUAGCAUUGUCUGCAUGCUGGGCAGGAUUAAGAUCAGGUUUCCGCAUGCCGAGCAUUUUGUGUUCCGCGAGACGAAUAUCAGUUCGCUGGGACAGCUGAAUGCUUUGGCGGAGUUGCAGGGAUUGAGUUCGCUGCUCAUCGAUGCCGAGGGCAAUGCCAUAACUGGCAAGCAUUCGUGGCGCGCUUAUGCCAUCUAUAGGCUAUCCCACUGGGGACUUAAGCAGCUCAACGGGCAGGAGGUGAGCGAAGCAGAAAUGGAGGCAGCAAAUUCCUUAUAUUCCGGCUUAUCUAAUCUGGUGUUGUGGUCCAUGCCGGAUGGCAUGCUGCAGCCGUUGCUAGCGCGUCUGCGUCUCGACGAGACCUGUACGGCCAGCAAGCUGUCACCUAAGGAGUGGCUCCUCCGGGCCGAGAACAAAUCUCUACGCCUCGUCGUGGGCAAGGAGGCGCUGCAGUGGAAGAAGACAACGGCGACGACGACGACGACAACGUUGAGUAACGCAGAGUGUGGAACAACAGCAAUGGCGCCCAGUGCCAGAGAUCGUGGCAGGCAACACUUUGCCCUGCUGCUUGAAAACACAUGCAGCGCUGUGGAGAAGCUGCACAAAUUGGAGACGCUGUGGCCAAGCAUGCUGCUGGACAUUGUGCGCAACACGCUGCUCGACUAUGCCCAACUGGAUGUCUAUCUGCGCAAUCUGAUGUCCGAGCUGAUGAAGUGA